UCACCGCAGUCGCCGGCCUUGUUUGAGUUAUGCCUUCUUUGCGCGGUGUGGUGAUAGGCGACAGCCAGGUUAAAUUCAUGUGCAGGAGUCGCCUUCACUUGAAAACAUCCGUCGAGACCUGCACAUUUAGUUUUGGAGGUUUUGACGCUGUGCGAAUGGCUGAGGCCGUCUCUGCGAUGCACUUUCAGCGCGUAGACUGUCGUUUUGUACGUUGGUGGUAACGACGUUUGCAGUGCCAACGCGGACCCUCAAGAUAUAUGCGACAAUAUAGGGAAGUUAGUUCUGCAACUGCAGCACGAUGUGGCCCCCGUGGUGUGUACGUCUCCAAAGUGCUGCCACGUUGCUCCAGCUCUGAAGACGCCGAUGCGGAGCGCCAGAUCAAGAAAACGCGCUUGCUGAACCGCAAGCUGACGGCUACGCUGAAACGCCUGCCGUGUGUUCGAAUCUUGAACGCCGAGCAUGUUGGUCUUCAUUCGAGAGCUGUCUCACCUUUGGAUGUACAGAGGCAUCCACUUCCACCUUGAGCACCGCACCGUGCAGCCAACGCCCCGCGGAGCGUCUCUCGCGGGCGGCUGGGGCACGCAAGCGCAGUGACAACUGUAGGUGGUGCCUUCGCCGCGUCGUCUGCUAAAGCGCAGCGGCUCCACCCAAUCACGCUUGCUCUUCGAUGAAGGUAACUUAACCUCAUGGAAAUCGAGAAGCGCAGCGACUGCGCCUCGUUCCGCACUGCUUUUUCUCCUACUGUUUUCUUUUUCUGCAUGCGAUCUUAAAAGUAAUAAACCUUGGCCCGUGCAUGAGUAAGAUCGCCAAGCCGGGCUGGCACUCCCGCAACUAAGCUACUCAGAUGCUUUGUGCCGUACAGUUAGAAUAUUCCCGCUACUCACACGGUUGUUUUCAUCAGCUGAAAGUUUGGCGACACAAAGUCGACAAUAAAAAAAUAUAAGUUUGCGCUGUGAAUUGAAGGCUCACGGAAAACUUUCUGCGUCGUGCUAAAGUUUUGAGCCAAGAAAUAUAUAAAGCGAUACGCGGUGCUUUAGGUCACCUAGCGAUAAA